UGUAUCCAAUUGGAGAAGAGAUACACUCCUAUCUUUUUCUGCAUUUCUUCUAUUCAUCUACAUUCACAUUCACAUUCACGUUUAUACAAACUCAGUCUGCAUUUGAAAUUCUUUCAACUCAAAACUAUUCAGCUUACCAAUAACACCAUGGUCGAAAAAGACUUAGAGCUCCUAGACAAUGUCGAGUUACGGUUUGCUUUAGCAGAGAGUGACGCUCAAUUAGAAAAAACUCUCAAUACUUUCUUAUGUCCUGUGCUCUUGAAGCUUGCAAGUCCUGCUGAGAACGUGCGCGCAAAAGUGGUGAGCAUUCUGACACACAUCAACAGACGGGUGAGACCCAAACCGGAGAUCAAGCUACCUGUCCCUGCACUACUGAAGCAAUUCUCAGACAGUAGCUCUCCUCUUGUCAAAAACUUCACUCUAAUAUAUAUUGAACUAGGGUACGAACGUAUUUCCUUACAGGACAAGUUGGAAGCCUUGCCUCAAUUGAUUAAAGGCAUUUCCCGUCGCCCAGUAGCACAGCAAACCACUCUGCUCCACAUGGCGAUUGCUGCUCUUUCAUCGAUAAAACAAAUCAAUGAGGAUAGCACUAUGACAGAUCCUUACGGUUUUACAGGCUCCCCAUCGGAUGCUAUGUGCUUACUUUUACGAUUCCAAGAUGUCCUCCUCUAUCGCCAACCAUUAAUUGGAUCAUCACAUACUCAGCGACAGCAAAGAGACAAUGCUACAUCCAGCUCUGGAGACAACCAAUCUAAUGCAACCGGAUUACUUCCUAUCAUGAAUCCUCCUCCUGAAGGAAUGAGUCCACAUUCUGUACAGCUUGUAACAAACAGUGGAAAAGCUUCUUGGGCCUCUACAAGCGAACUCAAGAACGUUAAGAUUGGAGUGUUGAGAUUUAUUAACUCGACUGUAAAUUUCCCGGAUUCGUUACCUGCGCAAAUACACCUUGAAAGGUUCAUAGCGCUAAUCGCUGCUUCUGGCGAUGCCUACCACGAGGUUUCAAGCAUGGGCGAGGAUGGGCUGAAGCGUAUCAAAGCCCCUGACUUUGAGAACAAGAUGGUCAUCGAUAGACUUUAUGAAAUGUAUCAAGGGUCCAAUAAAGGAAAGCCCAUUGCUGGCCAAGAGGACACCAUCCGUCAGCCAAGCUCGAAUCCAAUUAAGCUGAGGAUCAUGGGCUAUCUUUCAAAGUCAAAGGUAGCAGCGGAUUCCUUCCCAUCUGCACUUCAAGUUUCAUUUGACUGUCUGUAUGGUACCAAAACAAAUGCAAAAUUAAUAAUGGCAGGCAUGGCUUUUGUUCAAUGGAUUGCAAGGAUGGCGUCUUUAUCAACCCUGAAACCGAUGGCGCCAGUUCUUCUCUCUGGGAUGCUCAAGUACAUCCGCGAAAGCGAAGAUGCACGUGGCUUAGAAAGCGAAACAUCCAAAGGCUUUGCUUAUAUGGCUCUGGCAUUAAUCUCUAAACGAGUGCCCGAGCUUUUCAGAAAUGAUCUGACUAUUCUGGGCGGUCUGUUUGACCAAUUAGCCACUCAAUCUUCGAACGUAAAGAUGUCUAUUCAAGAGAGUAUCUGCACGAUGUUGGAUGCUUUUCAUCCAUUGAAGGAUUGGGCUACUGAUGCUGAUGUCGCACGAAUUCGAUCAUUAAUUGAAGAUAAUAUGAAUAGGGAAGAGCAUCAAGCAAGAUACUGUGCUGUUAAAUACGCCAAUAUCCUUUUCUCCUUUUCAGAUAUUUUUUCAAAAUAUGUGUGUCUGAUGACUGUAGCAGAUGAAAAACUUGAAAUUCGAGAGGAAGCCAAACGUGGACUAACCUUCCCAACUGCACGCCUACUUGAGCAAAACCUUUCUUCUGAUGAGGCCACUCUACUACCAAAUUUUACCCAACUAUUGGAAUUGAUAACAGCUAAGUCGGUAGCACUAAAAGAGCAUACUACUGGAAUGCAGGGAAGAUGGGCUUCUGGGAAAUCUACUCUAAUGGGGUACUCAUUGGAAGUAUAUACACAUAUGCUCCAGUUCUUCAGGCGCCUCUUAAUCACAACUGCAGAUCCAGAAGUAAUUAUUGAGGAAUCGUCUAAUGAAUACGAGCUGCAGCAAUUUGUAUUUACGCCAUCGACACGUACACGGAUCAAAGAUUUUCUUAAGAAAAUGUGGGACCUUGAUAACCAAAUUGACAAUGAACAAAAAACAAUGUCACGUUAUAUCUUCUUUCUUGAAGCUGCUAUGAAUUACCAAGGGUCUCAUGAAAAAUUUCUUCAUUCAACUGCAUUGACAUGCCUACUUGAGCUUUUGUCUCUUGCUCCGAGCAGUCUUUCCCAGCAAUACGCUCAUCGAUUGGGUUGGUUUAAGUCCUUCAUUGGCUCCCCAAAGCUCGAAUCUCGGGUCGCUGUUGCACAUAUCAUUGGGAUCGUAGGAACAGAUAACCUCGGGGCCCUCAGCGCUCAGCGCGAAGUGUUUUUACAGCUCAUGCAUGGUCUACAUUCUACUAUCAAAGAUACAUCCAAGUCGAUAUCUAGCGAGCAGCAGCAUGGCAGCGUUCUGACUAUUGGUUUCCUACUGGGGCGCCUCAAAUACCGCUAUUCUAACCAGAGUUCUGAAAUAAUACCUAUACUGGAAAUGCAGAGUAUUGUUAAUGAUAUUGUGGCGCUACUCGAUGGAAAGCAAAGUAUGUUUGUUUCAGGAGCAUGUGCCGCACUAGGAGAGAUUGGCAGAUAUGGUAUACUACCAUCAGAUGAUACUACUAAGGUUAUACAGAAAAUCAUUGGCGUAGCCAACAAUACUACGGAUGUCAAAACGCAGGAGCAGGCAAUCACGGCACUUGGCCACAUUAGUGUAGGCGAUCCAAGCCAAUCUCAUGACAUAUUAUCAUUUUUGUACGACUUUGGCCCGAAACAGACUAAGCAGGCCGAACUGAACUUUACUAUUGGUGAGGCUAUUGCUUGUAUCGGAGCUGGUUGGCAAUGCACUCUCAUGGAUACUUUCGCUGAUAUAGCGGACAAAGAGCCGUCAACGGAUGAAGUUCCAUCGUCGGUUAUGGAUGGCAUUCUAAAUUCUAUUCUCAAUGAUAUGAGCAAUAGUCCAAAAGCUGCAUUGAAAAAAGCUGCAUGUAUCUGGUUGCUUUCAUUAGUCAAGUUCUGCGCCAGCCAUGCAAGUAUCAAGACUCAGCUUCCUAAGAUCCACGCUGUUUUCUCCAGCCUUUUAUCUGAUCGUGAUGAGCUCACGCAAGAAGUAGCGUCCAAAGGAAUUGGUUUGGUGUAUGAGCUCGGUGAUCAGUCGAUCCGAAGCCAGCUUGUCGAAUCACUUGUGGGAAUGUUUGGGGAAGGAAGGAAGGCGGCACCAAAGGUCACAGGAGAUACAGAAUUGUUUGAAGGUAAUGCUCUAGGUCAAGCGCCAGAUGGAUCGUCGCUCUCAACAUACCAGUCUAUUCUUUCUUUGGCAAGCGAUAUGAAUCAACCUGAGCUCGUGUACAAGUUCAUGCAUCUGGCUAGCCAUAACUCAAUGUGGCAGUCACGAAAAGGCGCUGCAUUCGGAUUUUCCACCAUUGUUUCUCAGGCAGAAGCGGAAUUAAAACCAUAUUUAGCAACAUUGAUCCCCCGACUCUACCGCUACCAGUAUGACCCUAACCCAAAGGUGCAUGAUGCAAUGACCAGUAUUUGGAGAGCGCUGGUGAAAGAGCCUAAAAAGGCAGUUCAAGAAUAUUUUGAUGUUAUCGUCAAGGACCUGCUAGAAGGCAUGGGCGCCAGGGCUUGGAGGACACGGGAAUCAAGCUGUUUGGCCAUGGCGGAUCUCCUUCAAGGACGAUCUAUCGAGGAAAUUGAAAAAUAUCUUGAGGAUAUUUGGACCAUGUCCUUCCGCACAUUGGAUGAUAUUAAAGAAAGCGUCCGCACUGCAGCUUUCAAGACAUGCAAGGCUUUAACAAUGAUGACCGUGAAAUAUUGUGACCCGAAGCAUGUCACUGCUUCACAGGGUCAAAGAGUAUUGGACAUAAUGGUCCCCUUCUUGCUUCAAAAAGGAUUGAUGUCGAGUGCAGAAGAGGUUUCCAAGUUUAGUUUGUCCACUAUUCUCAAGAUUUGCAAACAAGCGGGCCCACUCCUCCAAACCCAUAUACCAUCAAUCGUUGUGGCGCUGUUGGAGGGAUUGACGUCAAUGGAGCCGCAAAUGAUGAAUUACCUAAGCUUUCAUACUGAAAAAUAUCAAGUAUCUCAAGAACAGUUAGAGAGCACAAGACUAAAUGCAGCAAAGCUAUCACCAAUGAUGGAGGGCGUUGAAGCUUGCCUUGAGAACGUUGAUGAGUCUACAAUGCCAGCUCUUUCGGAGCAGGUUAUAGUAGUGAUUAAAAAGGCGGUCGGCCUUCCAACGAAGGCGGGGUGUGCCCACCUCCUAGUGUCCAUCUGUAUUAAGAAACCUUCGCUUGUUGCGCCGUAUAGUGAUGCCAUCCUGAAAAUCUUGGGAUCAGCGAUUAAGGAUAAAUCCCCAGCUGUUCGGAAAUCGUAUGCAGUGGCAGUAGGAUACCUCUCAAGAUUGACUACAGAUAGCCAGUUGGUCAGGUUUAUUGAGCGUCUGAUUGGCUACUACCUCGACACAGAAGAGGAGGAACUACGCUCCAUCUCUGCUAUCACGGUGCGUGAAAUCUCGAAGAACGCAUCUGACAAAUUCAAAGGCGUGGCGUCGGCCAUCCUUCCUACUGUUUAUUACGGGACAUUUGACUCGAAUAAGACUAUCAGUGAUAUUUGGAAGGAAGUUUGGGAAGACAAUACCAGUGGCUCCUCUUCAGCUGUUAAGCUCUAUGCGCUCGAAAUCAUCCAGUUGUUAUCUAAGCAGCUUACUUCAAGUUCCUGGAAUGCCAAGAAGCAAUCUGCAUCCGCGCUUAAAGCUAUGUCAGAAAUAAUUGAUUUAACUGGCAAUAUGGAUCUCCUUUUACCUUUGGUUUUGGAUGGGCUCUCUGGAAGGACUUGGGAAGGCAAGGAGCACAUUGCAGAGCUACUGCCUGCAAUAGCCAUCUCUGCUAAAGAGUUUUUUGUUAUGAACCCAACUAAAUUACAAGACAUUGCCAAGGUUCUCUUAAGGGAGUCCAAGAAGAUAAACAAGCAGUACCGUCGACAUGCUAUCAGUGCACUUGGAACAUUGUUGGAUAACUUUCCAGAGCUUGAUUUUUAUUCAGAAGUCAAAUCCAUUCUUAUUCCAAUUGUUGAAAACGAAGGAGACAGCGAUGGCGAUGAUGAAGAACAAGGAAAGCCGUUGCAACUAAUUAUUAUGGCCAAUGCAGCCAAAACUUUAGGAAUGGCAUGGACGACGGAUGUUCACUCACAAGAGCAAUACUCGGAAGAAUUUGUAUCUUGUGUUUGCAAGGCGCUUGUGCGAAAUGUCUGGAACGUUCGCAGUGCUCUGAUUGUGGGUUUAGAGAAGUUCCUGGAGAGACUGCGGCUUGAUGUGCCUGAGAGGAAAGUGAUAUCUGAAGAAUCACUUUUGACCCUUCUUGAUUCACUACUGGAGGGUAGUUUGCAAGACUACAAAUAUGUUGCUUUAAGGAAUCAAGGACUGGAUUUACUGAAGGCUCUCGUUGAUAAACUUAAAGGUACACAUGCUCUUACUCCUGUUGUUUUGACCAAGCUUCAUGAUGUACUCUCCAUUGUAAAGAAUGAUCCCCUCCCAAGCAUCUCGGAAGUAGCGACGUUGAUCCGGAGCGAGCUAGAAAAGUAAAGGUGUUGCUGAGAAUUGGUUUUCGAAAACUAUGGGUUAAAUUAAAUGUACAUUCAGACAGUGUACACUUAGAUGUGAAAACCAAUUACUAUGUGGUGGUAAACAGAUUAGUAAAAAAUAAAUUCAAU